AUGUCUCUGAUGAACAAAGUAGAGAGUUUUACAUGGAAGUCAUGUGGAGGAAACGGUUUUGGAGUUACUGAUCUUUCAUUAACUCCUGAUCCCCUUGAGUUUCCGGGUACUUUACAUCUUGCCAUGAAAGCAUAUUUCAAUACUACUAUUCAAGCUCCACUGCCGACUACUCUUUUAAUAGAAAAGGAGGUUGCCGGAAAAUAUAUAAAGAUUCCCUGUAUCGAUAGCUUUGGUUCUUGCAGUUAUGAUGACCUUUGUGAACUACUAGAUGAAGCCAGUUGUCCAGACCCACUUGUAAAGGCUGGCAUUCCGUGUCAAUGCCCAUUCAAACCGGCUCAGUACACCCUUCCCACAUCAGAUUUUGACGUGGAGACAUCAUUUUUCCCGUCCGGUGGUUACCAUAUGAAAGGCAGUAUUAGCAUGAAUGGUAAACUGGAAGGAUGUUUGGAGAUAUUUUUCAUUGAAACUAUACUAGUUCAAAAUUUACAGCAGAAAAUAAUAAUGUAUAUGUUCGUUUUUCUUUUAGCUGUUUUUGCUACAUUCACUUCAGCGAAAGUUCUGAAGGUCGAGAUACAAGACGAGGAGGCUAAAAUAGUUCAAUUUACCAUGAACAAUGUUGAAAGUUUUACAUGGAAGAACUGUGGGGGUCAAGGUGCAGGAUUCACCGACCUUUCAUUAACCCCUGAUCCUCUUCAAUUUCCAGGAACUAUACACAUCUCUGCAAAAGCGUACAUCAAUACUACUGUUCAAGCACCUUUGCCGGCUACUCUUCUCAUAGAAAAGGAGGUUGCAGGAAAAUAUAUAAAGAUUCCAUGUAUUGACAGUUUUGGUUCAUGUACGUAUGAUGACGUAUGUGAACUAUUAGACGAAAUUACUUGUCCAGACCCAAUUGUUAAGGCUGGAAUCCCUUGCCAAUGUCCGUUUAAACCAGCUCAGUAUACUUUACCAACAGCAGAUUUUGACGUUGAUACGUCAUUUUUCCCGUCUGGUGGUUAUCACAUAAAGGGGAGCAUCAGUAUGAAUGGUCAAAUGACAGGAUGCUUGGAUAUCUACGCUACAGUAGCAUAGAUUUUGAUGGAAGCUCUUUAACAAAGUAUAUACCAGAAGAAAUAGUCCGUGUUCAGUCAAAUCAUGUAGUAAAAUUGCCACAUCUAUUUAACAAACUAUUCACUUGAAUUUGUCUUUGACAUUGCAUUAUAAUUUUUUAAUUGUAUUGUGCAUACGUAUAUUUACAUGCUCAAUUUUAUAAAUGUAUAUGAUUUAUCAAUAUACUCAUGUUUUGUACUUACACAUAUGUAUAUAUUCAAUGUUAUUUCAGUUGUGAUAAAUCUAAGUAGUUUU